AUGUUUAGACUAACAUACCUUGAAUUCUGUAUAAAUAUAAUUAAACACCUAAAGAAAUCUUAUGGCUACUUUUCUUAAGAUACCAUUUCUUAACUACAAAAAUGGAUUUUUUAAGGGUUAUAUUUGAUCCACAAUCCCAAUCGUAUUUUUAAUUAAAAAGCAAGUUAAACUUAGAAGAAUCUAUAAACUUCCAAGAAACAAGUUUACUAGGGAAUGAAAAGACUAUCCGAUCGUGAGGGAAACAAGAAGGUAAUUUUUAAUGACUACCUACAAUAUACAAUAACAUAAUAUUUAGAAUAGGAUUAGAAUUUCAAUAGAAUUGAUGAAAUUCCAUGUAAUCUAUAUUACUCAUUAUCUGUGCCAAAAUAAGUAAUUGAAAAAGAGGCUCAGCGCUAGUGCAAUACAUUAGAAGUGGAGAUUUAUAUUCAACUCAUUUAAUUGUUAAGAUCAUACAUAAAAAUUAGAGAAAGACUAGUUUUGAUUGCAAAAUUAACUAACCAGUUGCACUACACAUCUCGUAGGUUUUUAAGCAAGAACAUUAGGCUACCCCGAUAGACCUUACCUAAUGUAUAUACUGAAUUAGAUGCUUUUCUCACCACAACCACACUAUAGGGCAGAUUUUACAUGAAUUUUCAAUUAUAUAGCCCUUUUAAUUAACACAUGUCAAGGAAAGAUUUUAUAUACUAAACAGUUAUAUUUAAUGUACAUUAUUUAACAAGAAACAUUUAUGAUACACUUAUACAGCUGGAUUUAAAAUAAAAGCAAACAGAAAUAAAUAUAUUUUUAGGUAAGAUAACUUAUGAAAUGUUCAUUAUUUUAAAAUAGUGUAAUUAUCUAUUCUUAAACAAUUACGCAUAAAUGAUAAAUCUUUAUAUUUACUUACUUCAUGUUCAAUUGUUUUAAAAAGAUUAUUUUCCAACAUUAAACACAAAUUUAUUAUUAUAAAGUAAUUGA